ACGCGCAAACUUGGGCUCGCGCUUCCCGGCCCGGCGCGGAGCCCGGGGCGCCCGGAGCCCCGCCAUGUCGCGAUCCAAUCGGCAGAAGGAGUACAAAUGCGGGGACCUGGUGUUCGCCAAGAUGAAGGGCUACCCACACUGGCCGGCCCGGAUUGACGAGAUGCCUGAAGCUGCAGUGAAAUCAACAGCCAACAAAUAUCAAGUCUUUUUUUCGGGACCCAUGAAACGGCAUUCCUGGGCCCCAAAGACCUCUUCCCUUAUGAAGAGUCCAAGGAGAAGUUCGGCAAGCCCAACAAGAGGAAAGGGUUCAGCGAGGGACUGUGGGAGAUUGAGAACAACCCUACUGUCAAGGCUUCUGGCUACCAGCCCUCCCCCCUCCUGCACAGAGCCCUGCCUGCCCGGCCAGUGGGUUUGCCCCGGGGCUAAUCCAACAGAGUCCUCCCAGAAGAAGAGCCGUGUGGAAGAGCCUGAACCCGAGCCCGAGGCCACUGAGGGUGAUAGUGACAAGAAGGGGAACGCUGAGGGCAGCAGUGAUGAGGAAGGGAAGCUGGUUAUCGAUGAGCCUACCAAGGAGAAGAAUGAGAAGGGGGCGCUGAAGAGGCGAGCAGGAGACCUGCUGGAGGACUCCCCAAAACGUCCCAAGGAGGCUGAGGACCUGGAAGGGGAGGAGAAGGAGGCAGCCGCCUUGGAGAGUGAGAGGCCUCUCUCUGCAGAGGUAGAGAAAAAUAGCACCCCGUCUGAGCCUGGCUCUGGCCGGGGGGCUCCCCAGGAGGAGGAGGAGGAGGAAGAGGAGGAAGAAGAAGAAGCUGCCAAGGAAGAUGCUGAGGCCCCAGGCAUCAGAGAUCAUGAGAGGUGAGUGAGCCCCAUGCCCCCUUGGCAGCUAGGCUGGGAGGCCCCAGGCACCUUCAGAGAGGAGGAGGAGGAGGACCUGCAGUGGUCAGCCUGUAGGGAGGCAGGGUGGGCUCUCCCAGGAGACCGACCGAUACUGACU